UUUGCGUCAGAGCGCGAUGGCGGCGCCGGGGCUGUCGAAGGCCGAGUACCUGCGGCGGUACCUGAGCGGCCCCGCCGAGCCCGGCCCGCCCCGCCGCCGCCGCAGGAGGAAACUGCCGGGCGGCACCGCCAGGGGCGGGAUGCGGAUCGUGGAUGACGAUGUGAGCUGGAACAGCAUCGCCGCCGCCCCGGAGAAGGAGGAGGAGGAGGACGAAGGGGACAUGCCUGUGGUGGCAGAGUUCAUUGAUGAGCGCCCCGAGGAGGUGAAGCUCAUGGAGGAAUUCCGAACAAACUCCAAAUGGAAGCUCCUGGGAGAUGAGGACUCACAGAGUUCGGAUGUGUCGGGAUCUGCCAAGUCUGCCUCGAGGCGGCGGUGCCACGACUCCCCAGAGCCCUCGGCCCCAGCAGGGAAACACAACGGCUCCCUGGGGCUCUCUGCUCCCAGGAGACAGAGACACGACACCCCUGAUGUGUCCCCUCCCAGGAGACAGAGACACGACACCCCAGAUGUGUCCCCUCCCAGGAGACAGAGACACGACACCCCUGAUGUGUCCCCUCCCAGGAGACAGAGACACGACACCCCUGACCCCUCACCUCCCAGGAGACAGAGACACGACAGCCCUGACCCAUCCCCUCCCCGGAGGCACCGUCACGACACACCAGAUUCGUCACCUCCCAAAAAGCAGCGUCGUGACACCCCAGAUCUGUCACCUCCCCGGCGGCGGCGUCGUCACGAUACUCCUGACCCCUCACCUACCAGGAGACAGAGACAUGACACCCCUGAUGUGUCACCUCCCAGGAGACAGAGACACGACACACCAGACUUGUCACCUCCCAGGAGACGACGUCCUGGCACCCCAGAUCUGUCACCUCCUCGACGGCGACAGCGUCACGAUACCCCUGACCCAUCUCCUCCCAGGAGACAGAGACACGACACACCAGACUUGUCCCCUCCCAGGAGACAGAGACACGACACCCCAGACUUGUCACCUCCCAGGAGACAGAGACACGACACCCCUGACCCAUCCCCUCCCAGGAGACAGAGACACGACACCCCAGAUCUGUCCCCUCCCCGGAGGCAGCGUCAGGAUUUGUCACCUCGCAGAGAGAAGCCGGGCUCCCCGAGUGGGAGGAAGAGCAGAACGAAAGGGCGGGCUUCUCCCACCCAGAGGGACCAGCAGAGGUCACGGAGCCCCCUGGAGCACUCCCCACACCACCGAGAUGCCAAGGGCUCUCCCAAGAAGGCUGGCACGAUGUCAUCUGGGGCCAAAGCAGGCCUGGUGUCAGCUGAUGUGCUGCAGAGGGAGAAGCAGGAGCUCAAGAAGCACGAGAGGAGCACCAGGCACCUGGAAGAGGAAUCCCGGAACGCUCAGACCGUGUUCCGAGACAAGUCCGGCCGCAAGAGGAACCUGGCCCAGGAGCAGCUGGAGCAGAGGCUGAAGGCUGAGGCAGAGGCCAAGAGAGAAGAGCAAUAUGCCAAGUGGGGAAAAGGGCUGGCACAGGAGAGGCAGCAGCAGCAGAACGUGGAGGAUGCAGUCAAGGAGAUGCAGAAGCCCUUGGCCCGUUACAUCGAUGACCAGGACCUGGACCGAAUGCUGAGGGAGCAGGAGAGGGAAGGAGACCCCAUGGCUGCUCUCAUCAAGAAGAGGAAGGCCAAGGAGAACAAGGAGAAAGAAAAACCCAGGUACAAGGGACCAGCACCUCCCCUCAACAGGUUCAACAUCUGGCCCGGGCACCGCUGGGAUGGUGUGGACAGGUCCAACGGCUUCGAGCAGCAGCGCUUCGCCCGCAUUGCCAACAAGAAGGCAGUGCAGGAGCUGGCCUACAAGUGGAGCGUGGAGGACAUGUAGGGACAGCUCCUGCAGUGCCCCACAGGCACCACCUCUGCACAGCCCGAGGAGCGGCCUGCUCUCCCUGCAGCCAGCCCUGUGCUCAGCUGCCCACUGGCCAUCUCCUGAGAGGCCAGGCUGGAUUUCCUGGCAGCCAGAGCCUCCAGCUCCUUGGGGAGGACAGUUUCUCGUUUGUUUUCUAACAAACUUCUGUUCUACACCAAAUGACUUCUGAGAGCAGCUCCCAAGUCUUCAGGUGUCCUAAAUCUCAGGUGCAAAUCUGCUGAACGCUUGGGCUUGGGAGAGUUACCCUCCUGUCGUGGGUCAGUCUGCUCCAGAACUCAGGUUUAGUGGAACUCCUGAACUUUGGUCAAGUUUAUGCAGUUAUUUUGCCAUGUAGAUCCCAGAGUCACCAACGUGCAGGAAAGUUCAAACUCAGCUUCUCCUGACCCUGUCCAAGCAGGAAACUGGGCAGGGAAUGCUCUGGCACUGGAAGAGAGACCUGCAGUGCUGCAUUGGGCAGCAAGAUCUUCAGGAGCCUCAGCAGUUCUGCAGGGCUCCAUUUCUACUGGAAGUAAAUGCGUGGAGAGUUAGGACUUAGGACCUGGAAUUGCUUCCCUCACAGUUUGGAGCAGCUGCUCCCCCCAGACCCCUCUGGGUUUGGGGCUGAUCUCAGCACUUGGCUCGCUCCAGUGGGAGGUGUAACAACCCUCUCCUGGGAUCAGAUUUGUCUGUCUCGGAGCUUCCCUUAAUCCCUGAGUGCCACAAAGCACUUGUGGAAAUAAAUACAGUUGUUCUUGCUGAGGUCCCAGGGAGCAGGGAUGAAUGCAGCAGCAGUUUCCAUGGAGAUGCCUUGGCUGCAGCAGUGCAGGGCAGGCCAGGAUCGCCCUUUCCAGGGAUUCUCCAGCCCUGGGAGGGCCGUGGGUGGGAGGGACAGCAGCACAGUGUGCUCUGGAGUGCCAGACUCUUGGGACUUCCCUGCUUUUCAUCCCUGUGUCACAUUUCCAGCGGCCCUGGAAUUGGUGUGUUCACCUGUAAAUAAACCCUUUCUUUUUUUACUCGA